AUGUCUACUGUUCCUACUGGCCCUGCGCCUACAGCUGGCUCUGCAGAGCAUCAGGCAGGUGGGCAGAUCCCCGGAAUCAAAAACGAGUCCCAAGACGGCAACGAUGCCUCCAACCAGAUCAACUGGGAGUCCGAGAUUCAACUCGUGGCAUCAUUGGCAAAGCUUCAAGAGCUUGAGCGACAAAUCCAUGUCUUGCGCCAGUCCGUGCCCGAUGGGGUCCUAGAGCCACUGGUCCCUAUCUCAAAUUCGAAAGCAUCGCCUUUGAAAUCAGUUGCCGAGACACCAUCGCUGCUUCGCAGCGAACUAGACAAGACAGCGCGCAACAGGCUAAGCAAUAUCGAGAACUUCCAGUCCGUGUGGCGUGGCCCGGAGCUACAGCCGAUCUGGUCGUAUGUUGAGGCUCGUAUCAGAGAGUCUAGUGGAGAGCUCCUGCAACCGACUGGAAUCUGGGAGAUGGAUUAUGACAUCCUACUGAAAGAGUUGCUCAAAGCCGAGAAGACGAAAGAAAAAGAGGCUCAACGAGAAGAGGAGGAUGCCGAGCGUGUUAAGGCUCAAUCCUCGGAAGGUGAAUGGGGGACUAUUGUCGAGAAGUUCAUGCAACGGAACAUACCCGGCAUUCGCAUUGUCAAGGGUCAGAAGCCUUUCUCGAUGGGCAUUGCGCUCGCAAAGGCAGGAAUGAUUCUCUUGGUUGAAGGUAUGAAAGAGGCCGAUAUACCUGGUGUCUCUGAAUGGCAAGUUCGCGCCAAGGCACCCCCAGGCCGCUCCCCGACUAAACUGGAAAACUCUAUAAUGAAUUGCUUAAAUUCACGGCCGCGGAAGUGGGAUCUGGCUUUCUUAUUGGACAUGAUAUCAUCAUACGCCGACAUCAAAUCAACACCGUGUACCAAAUGCACGCGUCUAACCAACAAUGCCGCCCAACUUCCAACAAUUCGCCGCAUUCAACCCGUCCAAAUAUCCCAGAGCGAACAGCGCAUCUUCGCAUUCGACGCAUUGCAUUCCGACUGCGCUUGA